AUGCAUAAUAUUGAAUUAGACAAAUUAGAAUUAAACGACUUAUUUAUAUCAAUAGUUCGUUGUAACUUCUCAGAUUGUUACAGGACUGGUUUUAAAAUUGGUGUAGUUGGUGCAGUGCUUAAAUUUUCGUAUGAUUGUGAUAUUUGGUCCUUAGAUUCAAAUAAAGGAGCACAAAAACUUAAGGCAUUAAAGGAAACUGUUAUCCCCGGAACUAUAAUUAUACCAUAUAAAGAGAAAUGUUCAGAAUUUGAAGCAGGAUGGAAUAAUGCUAUGGACAAAAUAUUUUCUUUGGUUAGUUGGCCAGUUUCUUGA